CCCCCCCCCCCCCCCGCUACAAAACACCAUGACUGUUGCAAUGGUGUAUUCUUUGUGUUGAGUUUUUCUGAGUGUGACUAAAGAGAAGUGCAUCGGUACAAUUACGCAAUAAUAGUGCAGGGAAUAAGCAAGACAGAUAGACAGAAACAAUCGAGGGAAAGAAAAGAAGUAGGAGCUACCAGUGGCGCCCUCAAACCACCCGCGCACUGUCAUCCAAUGAGAGGACGGCGUGACCCCGGUGAUAACUCUUGUACAACAGACCACAACAUGGCUACAUCAUUUUAGUUGUUGUAAGUUAUAUGGUAUUUGCAACACAAUUAGGACAUUAAAGUGCCAAAGAUCAAGGCUGUAAAUAACUAUAGAGAAACAUACAGAAAAUAAGUAGGAGAUAUAAGGACGAUAGAUAUUGGAUGAGGAAAAAAUGGAGCACCCGCCAACCACCCACAUGGCUACUCGCUACAUGUACGACACAGAACGGAGUAGGCUGUUCCUGCAGUAACAACAGCCACAGAACAGAGCCGCAAACAACAAUUGCAAGCCACACAGAAUCUCCGUGUCUCAUUUCACCACAGCCCCAGGACAGCUGUUGUGAAGAACUCACUCGUUCUUGUAUCUGCACUGGUCACACACCGUCACAGGGCGUCCUUCGCUCUGACGCUACCGGCAACGAAAGAAAAACAACAACACCCCUCUCAAUUCCGUAGGAAACAGCGGAAAAACUGCGAGAGCGACCAACAUACAAAACGACGUGGCAACAAAGAAAAGCUUCGCUGUGAAGUCCAGUCCCCCACGGCAUUACCACCGACACUGACAGACCUCACACAUCACUGGCUCCCAGCACGGCAAACGUCUCUGGGGCAAUGGACGACCCUAGCCCCAUGUCCCAGUCUACAAACACAGACAGCUCUUCUGUACGUACCACGGACAAACACACACGAACAGACGACGGCUCUGUCCAACCCCGGGAUAUACAGACACCCACCAGAGAAAACCACCGAACGGAAACUUCAGAAAUGCCAAAAUCUCAAUCAACAGCGACAAUCUCAAGCACUGUCACAAAAGACACAGACUCAGGAAACAAUAAAGAAAACUGGCAAACAGAAACUCCAGAAAGGUCCACAAAAACAGCACACACGUGUGUAGAAGAUGGCUAUUGCCUACCCGUUGAAGUACGGACACACACUAAAGAAAACCGGCAAACCAAAACGCAGGAAACGUCAAACUCAAACACCAUAACAAAAGACAUCCACCCAGAAAACAACAAGGUCUGGUCUAAAACAAGUCAGGCAGGUCGGGGAUGCGGAGCAGAAUUCACAGACAUCAACUACGUCCUCAGGAAGAUUGACAAAGAGCUGGACAAGCCUUACCUUGAGUGGCGUAAAGCCAGGGAGGAGCAUGGUCGUUUAAAAGUAAAAUCAACUGCUGAACAGUUGGAGGCAAAACGAAAAGAAAGAGAGAAGAAGCUACAAAUUUACAACGCAGCAACGUCCAAGAUCUUUGGAAAGAAGCGAAAGGGAGAACUUGAUGAAGAGUUGCUGACACUGACUGGAGAAGUUCUAGCUGUGAACCCGGAUUUCUACUCACUGUGGAACUUCCGCAAAGAAACAUUUCUGGAACUACAGAAUACAAAAGACAAAGAUGCCCUCCAGAGUAUGUUUCAGUCAGAGCUUCAUUUCCUGGAAUCCUGUCUGAAAAUCAACCCCAAGUCAUACGGGACCUGGCACCACCGAUGUUUUGUGAUGGACACGAUGCCCGAGCCAGACUGGGGUCGUGAACUCCAGCUGUGUAAUCAGUUCUUGCAGUACGACGAGAGGAAUUUUCACUGCUGGGACUAUCGCCGCUAUGUGGUGAGGAGAGCCAACGUUUCGCCCGAGUCAGAGUUCGAAUACUCCAUGAGUAAAAUCAGCAACAACUUCUCCAACUACUCAUCGUGGCAUUAUCGCAGCAAGCUCCUGCCCAUUCUCUUCCCUGAUCCUUCCCAGCCCAUGGGAGUCAGUGAGAGUGCUCUCCUCAAAGAAUAUGAGCUGGUUCAGAAUGGAUUCUUCACCGAUCCCGAUGACCAAAGCAACUGGUUCUAUCACCGAUGGCUUAUGGGCAGAGGUGACCAGAAACAGGCCAUCAAUUUGUUGUUUGUGUCCCGAGCCGAGAAGAGAGUCCUCUUGUCCUUUGCUUUGCCAGUCCAGGUGGGUGCGGAAACGUCCAUCGUUGUCGACUGCGAUGGCUCGUCCUUGCUAGACGUGGUGUGGCACAACCAGGACAGAGACGACACGUUCUCCACUCUCUGGAUCUCUGAGGGUGUCGACUUCCCUGAUGCUGGAGCCUGUGCUGUGACUGUCAAGGUCAUGAAGAGAGGGUCGGAGACCAUGACAUCGUCUGUGACCCUGGGAGAAACUGAGGACCAUCAAGUGGCUUCACACUGUUCGGACUGCAAGACUAAUAGUAGAUUUAGCCAAGAGCUGAGUGCGGUGAAGAGCGAGACCUUGCAGCAGGAGCUGGAGUCUGUGUCGCAGCUCAUGGAGAUGGAAACGGACAACAAGUGGGCGGUGCUGACGGUGGUUCUACUAAUGAAGGCUCUGGACCCGGUAAGGCACAAGGAAGACAUCAGCAAGCACCUGGACACACUCAUAGCUCUCGACUUGAAGCGGGUCAACUACUACAGGGAUCUCAAAAGCAAGUUCUGCAUCGAGAAUGUCAUCGAGGGAGAAGAUUUUUCCAGACCAGGACGGGCCCUGAAGCUGAGCAGUUCCAACCUGACCAAAUUGUACCAUCCAGAGUUGCUUCCCCUUGUGGCUGAUCUGGACCUGUCGUGUAAUAGCCUGCACGAGGUGCGACACUUUGGCUACCUCCAGAGCCUGAAGAGGUUGAAUCUUGGCGAGAACCGUCUGCAGACAUGUGAAGGUCUCGGGGGUCUGCCUCGGCUAGAGCUUGUCUCAUUGAAGAACAAUGAUAUUGGCACGCUGGAAGGGCUACGGCCCCUGCUUCGUUGCCCAGUACUCAAGACUUUGGAUGUUUCUGGGAACCCCGUGUGCAGCUCAACAGACUUUGUAGACAGUAUUCAGAAAAUGCUUCCAAAUGUUCAUGUGAUUUGUAGCUGAUCCCCGUCCAAGCGGUCCAAGCAUGUGUUAUCAGCAUCAUUCAAGGUCACUGCCUGUCUUGCUGACUAGUGGGAUGUUAUUAAAAAGUGUGUAAAGGGUUUUAUUUACAUUUUUAGUGGGCUAUAUUUGGGUUUUUAAAAAUUAUAUGUGUGUGUGCGUGUGGGGGGAGGGGGA